AUGGCCUCGUCGUCAUCACCUCCUGCUGCCCACCCUUACUCGUCGUCCUCGUCCUUCCAUGCCUAUCCUCAUCAGGGUGGAGGGGACCUGAGACAAGGCCCCACCCCGCACACAGCUUCCAGCAUAGCCUCCUUUGGGACAUCUUCCGCUGGCAAUCAUGGUGGUAGUACAUCAGCUGGUAGCGUCAGCAUGUCCAGCGUACCUUCUUCAGGUCCAUCGACCGGAAGGGAGGGUCCCAGAGAGCUCUUUGCUAGGAGGAUAGCCACAUUCGUACACCUCAAGGCAGUCGUGACUGGCAAGCAGCUUCAUGCUGGCCUUGUCCAACUUACUCGGAGAGACAUGCAGAUGAUAUGGGAGACCGAGAAGAUGAAGAAGAGGACGUUCCGGCACUUCGUCCUCGGUCUCGCUCUCUCGCCCGUCAUGGAGAUGCAGGCAUUGCCGGAUUUUGCUAGAGGUACAUUGGCAGCAUUGAAUGACAUUGAGGCUCUGCCAGAGUCUGCGGGUGGAAGUAGCGGUGGUCUCACAGGUGGUGCCAUGGCUACGCUAGGUUUGGGGUCCUCCACAAUGACCGGUGCUGGAGAGAAGAAGGGUGUGCGGAAUAUCUUCUCAAACAAGCUCAAGACUUCGAAGAAAGGCACCUUCUCAGAUUCAUAUACCGCCGGAGAUGCCUUCUCGACUUCCCUAGUGCCGGGCGCUUCCAACAAUUCCACCGCGGUAGGCGGGCUCACAGAUACCCUCAUUGGCGGAGCUUUGCCUUUCGCACCAGACUUCGUUCACACCCUGAUCACCCUACUGGACAUUCUCAUCGAGGUUUACGCCAAGCUCUUGCUCUUUGUAGCUCCUACAGCGCAGCAAGCCUCGAGAUCAGGCGACCUUUCCAGCAAUUCUUCGGUCAGCGGACACCGGUCUCACCCUAGCGUUUCCUCCAUGAGCGGCUUUCCGGGAGCCUCUUCGAAUCGAUCAACGCUCGUCGUACCCAUGUCGGCAACCUUGAGCACCCAAAGUCAGAGCAGCAGCAUUACGGGAGCGUUCCAGGGCGGCAAUUCUUCAGACGCUGGCGGUGGGGACGCGAACGUCUCUUCCCGGUCGAACCACAUCAACCUGUCGCCUCCCAUGCUGGAUAUAAUCAACAAGAUUGACGCAAAGGUCAAGAAACUCAUAGUUCCCGUGAUCAAGGAUCUCGACAGCCUCUCCCGGCACAUCAUCAAAGAAGAAUUGACCGCUCUCGAGAAUGGCACAUCCCGGGCUACAGCAUCCCCUUCGUCCAGCUCAUCACGCCUCGCGCUACCUCGCAAACAGGGGAGCGCAGGGACAGGUGAAGGCAGCCCCGGCCCAGUGGGGCUUUGGACUGGUCUACCUCAGCCGCCUCCGGGACAGCAAGCUGGGGGGACGGACGAGGAGACGAGCCCUUAUACGCCUACUGCUCCUGCAUCUAUACCACAGUACCCAGGGGUGGGAUUGCAGCUUUCUUCUCGGGAGAGGUACGGAUGA